CGGACGUCCAAUGAUGUCUGGACCGGAGCCAUUGCACGAUUGCAGGUGCAGGUCUCGCUGAACACUAGCAUGCUCGACACGCACCGACGACAAGUCGCGGACAUCGAACAUGCUCUUGGCCGGUUGCAGCACGAAAUGUCGGGUGUGGUUGCGACGGUCCGCGAGCUGAGCGUACGGCCUCUGACGACCGGGCCUCCGCGGCAUGAUCCUGCUGACCUCGAUGUUAUCGCGUCGCAGCUCUCUGAUGUGACCAACAGAGUCAACGAAAUUGACGGAUUUAGAAUGCAGAUGGAGCUCUUGAAGAACCGGAUGAGACGCUUCGAAGAG